CCGCGGUCUUCCCAGUACUGAGCGAAACAGUCCGUAUAUGCAAACACAUCCUGUCUUGCGACACCGGUCAAGACUAUCAUGGCCACUGGGAAUUACUCUGAUGCAGGCCUCGCAGAGAAGCAAUUGCUCGAGCUAGAGAUGCUUUUGCAAGGCAAGCACUCGCCUCCAGGUCACGACCAAGAUGAAGAGAAUUCGGCCACAUUUGCCAACAUGAAAUCGUUCUACACAUAUCUCUGGAAACCUAAAGCAGAUCAUGGUCCUUUGAAACGUCAAACUCCGCCAAAACGUGCAUUGCGGAGAACAGCAUAUCUGGAUGGGCUUCGCGGGUUUGCAGCCUUACUGGUAUAUUCUCUCCAUCACCAGAAUUGGGCACGUCUGGACUGGGUUGAGAGAGGGAUUAUGGAGAAUUCUUGGGGUUGGGAGCGGCAUUACUAUUUCGCCACUUUGCCUGGCAUCAGAAUCUUCUUUUCUGGCGGCCAUACAGCAGUGGCUGUCUUCUUCAUCAUAUCAGGCUAUGUACUGUCUGUGAAGCCACUGAGCUUGAUUCAAUCAGGUCCAAGUCAAGCGGGCAGUCUUGCUAGAAAUCUGGGAUCAGCAUUGUUUCGCCGCUGGGUUCGACUGUAUAUCCCGGUCCUUGUGGUUACAUUCAUCUGGAUGACUUGUUGGCAUGUUUUCGGCAUACAAUCGAGCCACCCUGAUGCCCUCACGCCGGAGAAGACCUAUAAGGACGAGCUGUGGAGGUGGUACUGCGACUUCAAGAACUUCAGCUUCAUCUUCUCUGAAAAUACGAAUCACUACAACGAUCACACAUGGUCUAUCCCCAUGGAAUUUCGCGGAUCUGUCGUAGUCUGGACCACUUUACUGGCACUGGCUGAGUGCAAUACCACCACAAGGCUGUUUUUCGAAGCUGGCCUUGUUUGGUACUUUUUGUACAUUGUUGAUGGUUGGUACUGCGCUCUCUUCAUGAUGGGAGUCCUUCUCUGCGAUCUGGAUCUGCUAGCCUUAUCCGAUCAGUCACCGAAAAUGCUCCAGCGCAAAUUUGGCCAAUGGUUCUACUGGUUGCUUUUCGUCAUCGCUCUUUACCUUGGGGGUGUGCCGUCAAUCAGCAACGAGAUCACUAAUUUAAAGACGCAGCCUGGCUGGUAUUACCUUGCCUUCCUGAAGCCUCAAGCCAUGUGGGAUUUUCGAUGGUUCUUCCGCUUCUGGGCUGCGACUCUGUUUAUGAUCUCGAUUCCACGACUGCCUGUCAAGAAAUUCUUCGAGACGGCAUUUUGUCAGUAUCUUGGCAAGAUCUCUUUCGCUCUCUACCUCGUACAUGGUCCCAUACUCUGGACCAUAGGCGAUAGAGUCUACGCAGCAACGGGACGGCCACAGUUGAGCUCUAUGACUAUGGCACCGAACUGGAUAAACUUGUUCCAGUUCCCAGGUUGCGGUCCAAAAUUCUUGGAAAUGAACUAUCUAGCCGCGCAUCUGAUCAUGUUGCCGCUCACGCUCGGCGUGGCAGAAUUGGUCACCAACCUGAUCGAUGAACCCAGCGUCAAAUUUGCACAAUGGGCAUUUCAGACUGCAACAAGGCGGAGAACGUCAGCCACAAAUGAGUGGAAGCCUGCAAGCCAGAGGAUUGAUUGA